GGCGGUGUAACGGCGAAUCCCGUGGCCCGCUCUGUUGCAAGUGUUUUUCUAAGGGCCGGCUGUGCCUGUAAUUUCGCUUUAGGUUCCAUUUCAAUCCAUUUGGGAAGAGGUUUCUUGGCUUGAAAAAUAUGAAAACACAAGCAUCUUAUUUGGAUGCUAGUGGGGCAAAGGCACUGCUGGAGUCAGUUGACACAUUCUUGUUUGAUUGUGAUGGUGUGCUGUGGCAUGGCGCUAAUGUGAUUAAGGACGCGGAAGCAGUGGUGAACAAGCUGCAACAGCUCGGGAAGAAGGUUUUCUUGGUAACCAACAACAGCACUAAAACACAAAAUGAGUAUGUCAGCAAGUGUGCCAAGUUAGGCUUCCAAUGCUCUCAGUCCCAGGUGGUCAGCACGUCGUUCCUGACGGUGCAGUACCUGAAGUCGCUUCACUUCGACAAGAAGGUGUACCUGGUGGGCUCGACCGGCCUGUCCCGCGAGCUGGACGCCGCCGGCAUCCGUCACAUCGGCCUUGGCCCGGAUGUGAUGGAGGGCAACGUAUUUGACGGCCGGCUCGACCACAUUCGCCUCGAUCCCGAAGUGGGCGCCGUGGUGGUCGGCUUCGACAGCCACAUCUCCUUCAACAAGAUCUUGAAGGCGUCCUCCUACCUGAAGAACCCGGACGUGCUCUUCGUGGCCACCAACCGCGACGAGCGCUUCCCUAUGGAGCACCUCAUCUGCCCUGGUACGGGCACCAUGGUGGCAUCCGUGUGCGUGGCCUCGGGUCGCGAGCCGGUCGUCAUGGGCAAGCCGUCCCAGCAGGUGUUCGAGGCUCUCCGGCAGCAGCACGGUCUCGACCCGGCCCGCACCCUCAUGGUCGGAGACAACUGCAAGACGGACAUCACCAUGGGGAACCUCUGCGGCCUGCGCACGAUGGCUGUGCUGACGGGCGUGACGACGGCCGCCGAGCUGCAGCGGCUGCGCGGCUCGGAGCGCGCCGACGAGGCCGUCCAGGUGCCGGAGCUGGUGCUACCCGCGAUCGGGGACCUUCUGCCGCACCUCUAGCGCGGCCGGCCGCCGCCGCCGAAUCUCAGGGCCGGCAGGGGCCGGGUCGGCGGAAGCCCCGGGCGAGGCGCGCCGGGCCGGCUGAAUCUGCUUCGGGUAUUUGUUGUGUCGUCUUAUCUCACAGAAGGUGGUUGGGUGGAGAUGCGUGUCGUAUGUCGGC